AUGCCAGCAACAUUAUGGGGAAGAGAGUUGAUGGCCCUCCAUCCAGUCCUCCACCUACUCCAGGCAGCGGGCCGGCAAGUGCAUGUCCAACUUGCCGCCUCGUUCCUGCCCAUGGCGUUCGUAUCCUGUGCGUGGGGGACACACAACAUCGGGUACGUGCUGAUCUGCUACGGGGUCGUGGACGCCUUGUGCUCGCUGGGGUUCGGAUACUUGAUCAAGCUGGUCGGGAGGAUCCCGAUCUUCGUGCUGGGGGCGCUGAUCAAUGCGGGGGUCAUCAUAGUGCUGUUCACCUGGGCGCCGAACCCGGACAACGUGGUGGUGUUCUUCGUGCUGGCGGGGGGGUGGGGCAUGGCGGAUGCGGUGUGGCAGACUCAGAUCAACGCUCUGUACGGGGUCCUCUUCCCCGACAACGAGGAAGCCGCCUUCAGCAACUACCGCUUGUGGGAGAGCGUCGGUUUCAUCAUCGCUUAUGUGUUGAACAACGUUGCAUGCGUUUACGCUCACACUUGGGUGGUGGUGGGGUUCCUUGCCGUUGGGAUGGGUGGUUACUUCGUCGUGGAGUUCAAGGAGAGGUUCAGCAGCAAAACUUUCAAAUUGGAGGAUUGAAAGACGGAGUUUUAGAUUUUCGUGUAAUGAGAAAUUAGAUUCGAUCUCCAAACUCGGUCUGGAUCAUGGCUGGUAUUUUUUUUUAAUCGUUUGAGCCGAGGGGCAAUCGGCCCUAUUCCAUUCAUUGUUGCAUGCAUUUCACGUGCAGGGUCCAAUUGAUCGUGUUGCAAGUUGAUAUGUAUCCUAAUGCACACAUCCUUGUGAUGAAUGAUUCAAUCUACUGCGAAUUUUGCAGCGCUCUAUGGAGUUCUCUUCCCUGAUAACGAGGAAGCAGCCUUCAGCAAUUAUCGGCUGUGGGAAAGCCUCGGCUUCAUCCUGGCCUACGUACUACACAAUGUUUCCUGUGUUUACACAAUCGCGUUGAUUGCCAUCGCAUUCCUCCUCGUUGGAAUGGCAGGUUAUGGAAUAAUUGAAGUGUUAGAGAGAUCUGCAAGUAAAACCUGGAAACCUGACCACAUCGAGAUGAGUGCAGAACCUCAGAAUCAUAAAAAGAAUUGACAAUGCAAUCAAAUUACAUUCGCUUGCUAUUAUUGACCAGUGACACAGUUGUGUGUUUAUGUGCUAGCUAACCAAUAUGUCUCUACUUUUGUCAAAGAUGACUGAUGUGGUAUAUUUUCCAUGCAAGAAAGACACAGC